CAGUGCGGGGUUGCCACGUGUGCCACGGCUUCGCUGCCGUCUUCAUCCUUCUCAUAUUAUAUCUAGGUAUCUUGACUACCUUGUUAACCCAUGAGGUCGCCAAUGCGCUGGCUGUGCCACUCUUUUGCUGCAUGGCAAGCUCCUCGCUAGCCGGCAAAAUAUGUUACAAGCACUCACUCAAGCCGCAAGGCUGAAGCCAGAAAUUCGGCUAGCUCAGGCGAUCAGCGAGUUUGGAGCCUUGCUCGAUGGCAAGCAUCUGGCAACAUUCAAGACGUUUCGUACGCAAACUCCGCUGACGACGAAUGGUGUGGUACGGCUUACCGAGGAAAUCAAUCGGGACGGAUCGAGACUUCACCGUGCCUGGCGGCCGUAUGGUACGCGGUUGUUGAAAGUUCUAGAUCAACUACAAGUCCUCGUAAAGGCUGGAGACCUACUGGUCGGAGGGUCGCAAAACAUGAUCGCAAGUGGUGUGUGGGCUGCCGUUCGCGUUUCGCUUCAAAUCGCCACCGGUUACUUAUCAUUCUUCAAAGAAGUGUCGGGGCUUCUCUUGAGAAUUGGCGUGUCGACAGCAAUUAACAAGGAACUGGCUUCUCUAUUUCCCCAGGACCGGGAGUUGCAGGACUACAUGGCCGAAUACAUGAUACUCAUCGUGAAAUUCUGCGGCGCCAUUGUGACCUUUACUCGACGGUCAGUCAUCGCUCAGAUGGCAUCUUCGUUUGUCGCCUCCGAAAAGGAAGCUAAAACACUUGAGACGGAUCUCGGCUACUGGACUGGCCGGAUGAACGACAAAAUCCGUCUCUUGUCAACAAAGCUUCAGCUUGAGUCACGGUCCACGGUGUCGAAACUUUUCAAAACAGAGGACUUCAAACAACACACCAACGAAGAGAAGAAAAUGCAGCUGAUGCGACGUCUGUCUCCAGAUCAGGACGAACUUGGGGGAAUAUGGAGAAUGUUGCGGCGGAAAGGGUCAGUGUUAUGGAUCUUCAAAGAGCCAGCCUACGUCAGUUGGAGAGACAGCCCCAAGCAGUCGGUGUUGUGGAUUUCAGGUUGCCUUGGGAGUGGGAAGUCCAUCCUCAUGGCGAAUAUGGCUUCAAACCUCCAUAUGGAGGAGCACUUGACGACAUCACCUGCCGAGGUGACCAUGCCGAAAACGCGAGCAAUCGCGUCCUUCUUUUGCCAACGUCAAAGGAAGAAGACUUUGCUCGCCAACACGAUUGUCGGCAGCCUGGUGUGGCAACUUGUCUAUGCAACCAAUACUGGUCUUCCCGGGAUAGCUUAUCCUCCUGGACUGCCGGAUACAGACUAUCACGCCGUUGCAAUGCUGGCCAUCCAGCUCCUACCUCCACAUCUUGACUACUUUAUUAUUCUAGAUGGCCUGGAAGAGUGCCCGCGACCAGAGGUUGAACAAGUUCUAUCAUGCUUGAGGAUCCUACUGCGCAACAUGGCAACUUUCAAGGUAUGCUGUUCCAGCAGAGCGGAGUCCCAGAUCUCGCGAGUUGCGUCCGCCUACUUCACCAUCAGCAACUACAUUUCGACGUCGAAUGAGGGGAAAGAUGCUGAAAUUGCCACUUUCGUUGAUGGCGAAAUCGAGCGGCGCCGGGCAACUCGAAUCCUCACCGAAGAGACUCUUCGAGGGAUUAGGGACGCUCUCGUUAGCAACGCCAAAGGCAUGUGGCUUUGGGUCUCGCUUCUGCUGGAUCUUAUCUUUCCGAGGUACCAUGAGACGAUCAUGUCGGAUCAAGAUAUCAUCGAUAUGUUGGGCUGCCUUCCUCUCGAGCUUGAUGAGACUUUUGCCAGAGCAUUGUCUCGCAUUGUUGACCGCAGAUAUGGCCGAAGGAUAUUCGAGAUCGUCGCAGCAGCUUCUAGACCACUCACCACAGACGAACUCCGUGUUGCGCUUAAUGUAGACACGGGAAACCCGGAGUGGAAUCGCGCGACUCUCGUUACAAAUGGCGAGGUCAUGGUUGAAAGAACCUCUGGAGGUUUGCUGGAGGUCGACGAGGAAACGAAAACCGUACACUAUAUCCACCAUAGUGUCUUGCAGUAUCUGCUCGAAGACCGGAAUGACAAAAAUACUCGGUUCCUGAGACCGGAGGAUGAUCUCUUUCUGCUGAAGGACAUGGAAGAUGCCGAAGCCAAGCUUGGAGCCCUUUGCGUCACAUAUCUCAGCUACAGCUUUCACGACAGGCGCCUUGUGCUCUCAAAGCCUCUCGAGGUCGACGGAAUGGAGACUACCAGGCGAAUUUGCGAUGCCGUCCUCCCCGCUGGAGGCUCAUCACGGAAGCUAGUGGGCUUCAUCGCGUCCAAGUCAAGACCAGCUCCCAAUUUCAACAUCGCGCGGACAUUGCAACGGCAACUUAGAGACGACGGGCCCCAGGACCACCUUUUGGAUUUCCUCCAAUACGCAAAAGACAACUGGCUUAGUCACACAAAGCACCUGCGACGCGAUGAUUCAUCCUACACAAUGUUCUGGAACCUUGUGGCCGGCGAUGUGUCCCAUCUCGAUCGACCCUGGAACCCGCUGCAAUAUGAGGAAAUGGCGCUCUGGGCCCUCCAAAAUGGUCACCUCACCAUUCUAGGUUCGUCUCUGGCAAAAUUGAAGCGGGAACAGGUGGAUAAGUUUGCAUUGGACUCCAGGCGGGAGAUAGACAAUGAGGGCAUGAUCAGCGACCAAGAAUUAUCGAUGCUGCUCAUCUAUGCGGUAUCCCAUGAUCGGCACAACGGAGUUCUCAUCCAGACUCUCCUUCAUCUUGGGGCUGAUCUAAACUCUACCUGCGAACAAGGAGAGUGGGCCGAUUUGGUACCAUUGCAGAUUGUCUUGUUGCAGAUGCGCGAAGAGGAAAAACGUGACGUGAGAGUUCUCCGUACUCUCCUCAGGCAUGGGUCAAGGCCGAAUUAUAUGGUAUCUGGCAGCAGUCCGCUGUCCAUCGCCUGUCACGCUGGGUGGUCAGCUUGUGCCCAGCUGCUGCUUGCACACGGCGCCACUGUCUCCAAGGGUGUGCUAUCCUGGCCACUGGAAGCUUUGACCGUUUUGCUUUCGGCGGGAGCCAAUCCGAACGCCCCGUUGCUAUGUGAUCGGUCAACCGAGACUACGCUGCUAGUUGAGGCGAUCCAACAGGGGAAUCAACCAGCGGUGGAGUUACUUCUGCGGUUCAAUGCCAAUCCUAAUGGUCGCAGUUGGCGAACGACAGCUCUUGGUCUCGCCCUCGAAUUGCAGGACUCGGGCAUUGCGGUGGCCCUUCUCACACGAGGUGCUUGCUGCCACGAGAGACAUUUCCGCGAUUUCGGAGGUAUGGUCUGCCCCCUUCUGCUAGCGAUCCGGAAACAAUGGCUCGACGUCGUCAAGCUUCUCUUGGCCUAUGGGUCUGGCUUUCCAUGGUAUGACAAUACUACUCAGCAUAGUACCCAUCUUGGCGUCGCCAUCGAAAUGGGAAACUCCGGGAUCGUGGAGGCCCUGCUAGAAGCCGGGUUCUCUGUCCAACGGCUUUCUGAGGCGCGGUCGGGCCUCUCACUGUCGUCUGAGAUGUCGGUGACUCCACUAGAGUCAGCCACUCGGCCAGGAAACGAAGACGUGCAGGACGCGCUGCUUCGCGGUAGCCUGGAGCAGGCUAGAUUAGGAGAGCGGCAAACUGCGAUCGACCCCCUCCUCGUUCCAAUUGACUACCAUGAUGCGGUCACGGCAAUGAACAUUCUCAACAAUUGGGAAGCGACCACGGCGAAGCUCGAACAUGAAUGGAAAUCCUUCGUUCUGACGAGGGCAUUAGUCAAGGUCUUGUCUUGGCCCGACGACUCAGAUGUCACUGGCCUAGUCGGCAAGUUGCUGGAAUGUGGUGCCAAUCCCGAUGGCCAGUUCGCUUGCAUGCCGCCGCCUCUCAUUGCUGCGCUCAUAAGACGGUGGAGAGAACUACUGGUCGCGCAUGAGUCCCGAUAUAGCAAGGAGGUUGCAGACCAGCUCCCGGUGAAGGAACCCCCAGAGAAAAUAGACCACUCAUCAGGAGACUCAUCCGAGAACCUUAUAUUGAAACGGGCGCGGGCAUUAUUUGGGAGGCAAGGGUGGCGCCCUUAUGUCGAGCCACAGCUAGGCGGUGCUGAGACGACUGGAUGGCCCACGCAGAGACAAGUCACCUGGUCGAGCCGGGUGAGCGAAGACGGAAGCUGUGACGAUAACAACACAGACAACCUGGGUUCUGAACGAGAUGCGCACAAAACCCUGGAAGGUAACGACGAGACCAUUGGCAUGGUUGUACUCAUGUUGCUGAAGUACGGAGCCGAUCCAGAAAAGCCAUGCGGAGUCGUGAUGCAGGGAUUGGGCUUCUCCGUUUCGCCAGACGACACCGCCUUGUCAAUUGUCGAAAGAUUUCAGAUCGUGAACACCGAAGUGAUCAAAGAGCGACGGGUUCGCAAGUUCCCAAAAUGGCCUCCGUUGGACCAGUGACGACCCUUAGAAUCUACAACCGUUCAUGGUAUGUUUGGUACACGAUUCAUGGGGACGGUAUGAGAAUAAAGCGCAGAAUCAAGCGACAUUAGAAAUACAAUUGGCUUAAUCGUAUAGCAAGUAAGCAAGUAUA